AUGCCAGAAGCAGUAUCUCAAACAGUAAAAAGGGGGGCAUUUGACCCCUCUAAGGCCUAUGCAGCACAAGAAGGAACCACAUUCUUCAACGAUGGCCGUGAAAUCGAGCUCCUUCAUUUUGUUUACUCGCACCCCAAACUGGACAGCAUUCGAGGAUCGCCGGAGAGUGUCCUUGACGCCAUCGACGAGUAUGCUCGGACAAGAAAGUACCUGAUGAAUGUCGGUGAGGAUAAGGGGAGGAUCGUGUGUGACUUGAUUGCGGAGGUGAAACCAAAGACAAUGGUUGAACUAGGCGGCUAUGUCGGUUACUCCAGCAUCCUUUUCGGGGCCGCAGUUCGCGCCGCCGGUGGAAGUCGGUAUUACAGUUUAGAAAUGAACCCCGAAUUCGCGGCGGUGAUUAUGGCCCUCGUCGACCUGGCAGGGUUAUCGGAUGUCGUGAAAGUGGUUAUUGGACCAAGCGAUGUAUCGAUCGCGCGUCUCUACGAAUCAGCCGCACUAACGCAUAUCGGCCUGCUGUUUCUAGACCACUAUAAGCCUGCAUACACGACUGACCUGAAGCUCUGCGAGGAAUUGAAACUGAUCACUCCUGGCUCCGUUUUAGCCGCGGAUAAUGUGAUCAAGCCCGGGAACCCGCCGUAUCUUGAGUAUGUACGACGGAGUGUGGACGAGAAGAGGAAGCAUCUGGGGGUGUCGACGAAUGGUGGUGGUUUGCCCGGGAAGACGGUAGACCAAUACAAGGAUAAAACUGGUUUUGGGCAGAUGAAGCUUAGCCAGAGCCGUGGGAAUCCAAAUCUCAUCUAUGAGAGUCGGUUGGUGGAGAGUUUUGAGCCGACGGGGGUGCCGCAGUGUGGGCGUGCAUAUGAGAACCAUGGAACACCCGGAGCCGCCGGUAUGCCCUGGCCUCACAGUCUUACCCAGCACCUCAUCCUCCUGUUGCACAAGGCUGAGUUUAGGAUACCAUCAAGCAAGAUGGCGGAGCCGUUUUUCUACAGCCAUAUACCGAAAAACAUUCUCCUCAUUUUGCUCAGUCUAAUGUUCCUACCUACAACUGCUAUAAUAGCCAUCACUAGCCUCGUCAUCAACUAUGUAUCCAAGACGCCGGAACAAGGAAGGUUCAAAGAAUCUUCUGCACCGAAGACGAUCCUAGUGACCGGAGUCUCUAUGGCCAAGGGCCUUGCCAUCGCUCGGCUCUUGGCGAGGGAGACGCCGCACCGCAUCAUCGGCGCCGACACGGAGCCUCUACUCUUCACCUCGCCAGGCCGGUAUUCUCAAUCAAUUGUCAAAUUCUACAGACUCUCGUCGCCCCGUCCAGGUGAUCCAAAGCCUUACCUCGACUCUCUCCUCUCCGUGAUGAGAAAGGAGGAAGUGCAUCUAUGGAUCAGUUGUAGCAGUGUUAUUGGUGCCGUUGAAGACGGCGAGGUUAUGGUAAUGGCGGAGAAGGAGUUCGGAAAAGAUCGUUUCAAGGCUGUCCAGUUUGAUUCGGAAACCGUGAAGAGAUUCCACGAGAAGGAUACAUUUAUUGACUACAUCAAGAGCCUGGAACUGCCUGUACCCGAGUCAUAUCGAUGCACAUCAGUUGAAGAGGUGACAAUUUUACUCAACCAAGGUAGAGAAAAAGCGAAGAGGUUCAUUAUGAAACCAAUCGGAGUGAACGACAAGGCGAGAGGGAAAAUGAUGACUUUGCUCCCCCUCGACAGCGAGGAAGCUACAUCCUCCUAUCUUACUGCGUUAGAUAUCUCCAAGUCUUCCCCCUUCCUCUUACAAGAAUACAUUACCGGUGAGGAGUAUUGCACGCAUUCGCUCGUUGUGCGUGGGGAUGUCAAGGCGUUCGUGGCAUGUCCGUCGUCUGACAUGCUUAUGCAUUACAGCGCCACACCUCCAGGCUCGGCCCUGAGUAUGAAGAUGCUCGAGUUCACGACCCGAGUCGCAGAGCGUGGCGGGGAGGACUUCACGGGGCAUCUAAGUUUUGAUUUCUUGGUGCAAGGUCGAGGGGAAGAAGCAAGGUUAUCCCCAAUCGAAUGCAACCCGCGCACACACACUGCAGUCAUUUUAUUCCAACAUACACCUGAAGUGGCACAUGCGUAUCUAUCUGUCUUCGGUCACAACCUGGACUCGAAACUGAAGCAGGACAAAGGCUCGAGCGACAUCGUGGCCCCUGCAACGCCAGAUUAUAACGUCUACUGGAUUGGGCACGAUCUAGUAACUCUGCUCAUUAUCCCGGUUGUGACAUGGAUAGGUGGAAUCAGAAGUACUGAAGAGACCAAGCACUCCCUCCGGACCUUCUGGCAUCAUCUCCUCCACUGGAGGGACGGCACCUGGGCCUUAUGGGAUCCGGUGCCCUUUUUUGCGCUAUAUCAUGUCUACUGGCCCGCGCGGUUUGUUGAAUGCAUUUUCAAGAACCGCAAAUGGUCUCGGAUCAAUGUUAGUACUACGAAGAUGUUCGAAUGUUGA